GGGCCGUCAGCUGCGCUCCGCGGCUAUAACAACAAAGGGGCUCCGCGGAGUGCGGAGUUGGCUCGGCCGCGGAGCCGGGAGCAGCGCGGUGUAGCGGGUUUUACAUAAACUGUUUACCAGCCAUGCCUCUGCAUGUCCUCUACCUAAGCUGAUAAAGUAUCUAUGCACUUUAAUCUCAAGUCUUUGCCACUCUGCUAGUACAGUGCAAGCUGUGCCUUGGGCCUUGAAGUUAAAGACCUACUAGCCAAAGUCUUGUUCUGCCUUAGUAAUGUUCCAGAGAUUAAAUAACAUGCUCAUGGGAGAGAUUGAUAAUUUGUCCAGCCAAGAGCCAGAGUUCAGUGAGAAAGAAGAUGACGAGUGGAUUCUAGUUGACUUCAUAGCAGACACUUGCACUAACUGCUCUGGGGAGGAAGUGGACAUCACUGAAGCAUCAGAUGCGGACGGCUCACCUGUCUUCUCUUGUUUGCCAUCUCCCUUGGAACACUUGCCAGAGGCCAGCGAGUCUUGCUUCAUCCAGUUUGAGUCAUGUCCCAUGGAGGAGAGCUGGUUUAUUACCCCUCCCCCAUGUUUUACUGCAGGUGGAUUAACCACUAUCAAAGUGGAAACCAGUCCCAUGGAGAACCUUCUAAUAGAGCAUCCCAGCAUGUCUGUGUAUGCUGUCCACAAUGCUUGUCACAGCCUUAAUGAGACUGGAUGUGGAGAUGAGGAGUUCCAUGGUCCAGGUAGUCCUAGUGUAUCUUGGGCUUGGGGAGGUGAGGUGGAGAGGGAAGGCUGCAAUAAUAAAUACACCAAAAGUCCCAAGGCUACUGUGAUGCCCUCACACAAAAAACUGGAGGCACGAAAUGAAACAGGACAGCAUGUGCACUGCUAUGUCACAGCUCUUGCUACUCGUUCAACUUUUCUGGAAAAAAAUAAGAGCUUUCGUCCUACCCACUGGAUAAAAGAACAUAAUGAAAGACACUCUCUCAACAGAAACAGUCUCCGUCGCCAAAACCUCACCAGGGAUUGCCACUCUCGGCAAGUCAAGCACAAUGGACUCUUUGUUCACCAGCCUUGCCAGCGCCAGUUCAAUUACUGAUGGCUCUUGUGGUUUUAAUCUAUGGUCUAAUUGGUUUUUUAGGUUGCUCUUGUUUUCAUGCAUAGGUAACUGUGGUCAAUCCGAAGUUGAUCAUCAAUCCCUCGCGUGCAAUCGUAAUUAGUGUUGCAUCCUUUUGGAAUGACACAUAAAUCUCUUGAGCAUCUUGCAGCAAGUCCUAAACAUUGAUGUUAAAUAUCGAUGUCUUGGAAGCCUAUCAGUACAAUAGCUUGUGUGUUGUUUUAAACUAAGAUUUAUAGAUGGGUUCCUAGUUCGUAUUUUAAAGAAAUUUAACUGAGAUGGAAAUCAGUUACAUUUUGCAUUAAUCAAAGUGGAGUUAGAAAAUUUGAGAUUAGCCAUAUACUUUAAUGAGCUGUACUUGACAGCUUGUGUAUUUGUCUGUGUAUUCAGCAUAUAUGAUUACUUUCUAACAAUGAAAUACUAUAGCUGCCAGUGGAUAUUACAUAGCUAUGUUGAGCUGUUACAAGAAGGACAUCCAGCCUAAAUUGCCUAGUACCUACUCGUGUAGGUGUGUUGGGUGACUGUGAGUCUGUGUAGGUGUGUUGGGUACGUAAUAUGGGUAUUGGAAAAGGGUUAAAUGUUCCCCUGAUGUUGUAUGAUAUGGCACUGGUGUUACAGAUGUAGUACCUCACAGUGGAGUGAAAGGAAAUGGACCUAUGGGUUAAGUGCAGGUGCACAACCCAGAGAGCUGAACUGGGUUUUACUUGGUACAGUUCGAGUGUUUUACUCCUUUUAUCUAAUUCUCCUAAUUUUCUCUCUUUCUCUCUCUACAAAAAAAUGAAGUCUGAGUUAAUUGUGAUUGAAAAUGAAGGGCAGUGUGUGGCAGGGAGAAAAGCAUGUGGAAUAUCAGUCUUACAGAGCUAAAUGCAGUGAUAACAGGGUGUAUAAAAACCAAGUUAGAUCAGCAGUGGUUGUUCUCCUAGCCCAUUGGGGGCAGAAGGACUGGAUAGCAAUUCUGUGGACCAACAGGGACAAAAAGCCAUUCCAAACUAACAACUAGCUAUCUUAAAAACACUGUGCAAGAUGUUUUGGAAGUUGGCAGGCACUUAAAAAGAGAAGUUCACCUGCUGACAAAGAGUGUGUGUUACACAGCAGCUGCAUGGCAGCCAAGCCCUGGUAGAUCAAUUGGGAAAGCAGAUUGAGUGGCUGUGGAGGUGAGUAAGCAGAAACCUGAACAGAAAGAAGGGGGGAAAUAUAAGUUCAUCCCCCUUUCUGUCUGUGCUUAACUUGACUUACUCUUUUUCCCUUGUCCAUAGUGCCUAGGACAUCAAAGUGUUAACAAUACAUUCAACCAUGUCUUCCAGUAGUCCUUAUACAGAAGUCAGUAUAAGGAGUAAUGUGAGGAGUCUUUGAAAUUAGGCAAGACCAACAAUGUGAAUUAUUCCAGACCUAUGAAGUAUUUUGAAUUCAGCUAAAUGCUUCAGUUUCACUGAAACCAAACAGUUUGGGUUAACUUUGAUGUUAGUAGUACUGUUGUGCAUUCUGCAGCUGGAGUUGUUGUGGAACAUACUUAGUGUACAGGAAAUGGUGUUUAUAACCUCUCACUACAGCUGUGCUGCUUCACUGGAAUUAGUUAGAAUUAUUGUAAAGGGAUGUUGACAAAUAGUUAAAUGCAUAAGAGCAAGUGGUGCUUUCCUGGAUACACUAGUCUUUUUUUUUUUUUUUUUUUUCAGGACAUGUUGAACUUGAAUGAACAGUGAAAGAAAACAAAUUUGGUUACAUCAUGCAUUUCCAAAAUGAGAUUGUUAUUACUCUUCUCAGCAGUACAUGCUUAUGUCUGUACAACAAUUCUUUUGUGGUCCAAAUACCCUGGUUUAUCUGCAAGUAGCUGUAGUUUCACCAGUCUCUCGUCUGUUCACAAGUAUUCUUACUUGCCUCAGAUUAUCUACCUUUAUCACUCCAACCUUCUGCCUGGCUUGAACUUCCUUCUCCUCACUGCCAACUUUCUAGCUCAGGAAAAUUCUUUCCUUUCCUGUAUUAUUUUUCUUUAUAUAAAGUAACUACUUUCCUUCAGCUUUAAUUUUCUUAAAGUGAAAUGAAGGAAGAUGGAGUCUCCACCUCCCCACGUUGGAAGGAGCAAGUAAUCCUUUAACUUAACAGGGAGAUGGAGCUGAGAGUAUAAGGCUCCCAGGCGUUACAGUGAGAGCCUUGGUCUGUUCUUCUCAGUGGGCAAGUAAAUGCAACUUUAGACUGCUCCUAGGAUUGGGAGAUACUGAUCUUCUUAUACUACAUUACUAGAUGACUUUCUGGUGAUGAAAACCUAUAUCUUUCAGGAUAUAAACUGUUUUGUUGCACAAAGCUGUGCUUCUCGAUUUGUAAUAUUGGAAACCAUAUUAUUGUGUGAUAGUACUGCAUCAAUGGCUUUUUGUUAAUUUGUUUUAUGUAUUUAUGUUGGUCUAGCCCUCUUUUGUGCCUGGAGCUAUUGGGCAAUUAGAAUUGUUUGGUUUUCUGUUUUAAUAGUGAGCUGUGUGGCUUUUUAUAUGGUUUUUGAAUUGUAUUACAGUGUGUUUUUUCUUGUAAAAGUGGAGGCCUUGCACUGUCUCAUACUGAUUGAUAUUCAUGAAUCUUGCUGAAACUGUAUUUUCAUAUAUAUUGGUCAAUAGACAGAUUUGCAUGUCGAACUGUGCCUUUUACACAGCAAACUUGAAGAUUCAAAAGGGACAUUUCAGUUAGGGUUAAUACUGUACAUCAGUCUAUGCAUAUAUGGCAGCUUCUCUCCAGAGCCACUUCUCUAUUUGUAGCAGUCCUUUUGAUAUGGAAGAAUGUCUGGCUCUUAUUUUUAAAGUUUAACACAAGCUGGAAACCGACAAAAUACAGCACUUUGCCAAAAAGUAGCAUUGCUUAACCAGUUUGUAUUUACUAAAGCAAUCUGUAUUUUGUUUUCAUGGUGCGUUCUGCGCACCAUGGGGGACGUGAUCUUAACUCUCAAUAAAAAAUGGCCUAUUAAAAA